AUGGUAGUUAGCGGGAUGAGGCGUAUGAGCAGUGAGGUGGUGCGACAGACGCAAAAGCCACAGGAAACGGUGAUCCUCAGCGACAGAUGCGCGGAAAGACUGGCUGAGAUUAUUAAAGAGGAAGGGCGUGACGUGUGUUUAAGACUGACCGUGGAGGGAGGUGGCUGUUCUGGGUUCCAGUACAUCUUCACUCUGGAUGACAAGGUCACUGCUGAGGAUAGCAUUUUCGAGCGUGACGGAGUAAGGCUGGUGGUAGACAACGUAUCUCUGCUUUUUGUGGAUGGCGCCACUGUGGACUUUACUGACGAACUCAUUCGUUCUUCCUUUCAGGUGAUCAGCAAUCCCAACUCUGCUUCAUCGUGUGGCUGUGGUGCCUCGUUCACAGCAAAACACCUGCAAUCGUCGUUCAAGGGCGAUGCUCUUGUGGCUCUUCCAGUUUGCGCUGUCAGCAAGCGAUCCUCCGAGAGGCUCGUGGUGGUGGACGAGGCCGUCGUGCAGUUCAUCCGCGGCGUCAACGAGCAAACCAUUCCCGAAGUCCGACUCACGCGAUCUAGGGACGGCACCAGCGGCACGGCGACGUUUGUGUUCGAGCAGCCGUCAGUGUUCGACCAGCCCAGCGACCUGGGCGACAUCACGGGGCUCUUCAUGAUCGACGAGGAGGGCGACCUGCAGACGGUGGACGUGAGUGCCAAGUUUAUCAAUGGCAAGCCAGCUGGCAUCGAGGCGAAAUACAUUAUGCGCACAGAGAGGGAAUGGGACCGCUUCAUGCGCUUCAUGGAGCGGUACGCUGAGGCCAACAACCUGGGCUUCGUCAAGAAGUGA